AUGCGCCAAUCUUCGCGCACAGCUAUCGCAGCUCUUGCGGUGACAGUGAAUGCUGCAUCGCUUUCCGAUGUAUGCACUGUAUCCAAUGUUCAGGCCGCCAUACCUGCAAAUGGAACCUUGCUAGGUAUCGAUUCGAUUCCUUCAGCCGUGACAGCGGACGCUGUUUACAAUGCAUCUGCUGGUAUGGGUAGCACUACCACCUACACCUACUGCAAUGUUACAGUCACCUACACCCACACUGGAAAGGGCGAUAAGGUGGUCAUAAAGUAUGCUUUCCCAAGUCCUUCCGAUUUUGAAAAUCGCUUCUAUGUCGCUGGUGGAGGUGGUUAUUCUCUUUCUAGUGAUGCAACUGGAGGGCUUGCAUAUGGUGCCUUAUGA